UGGUGCUGCUCUGCUGCGGGGGAACCGGUUCCUCGGUACAUUGGGUGAGAAAGAUGGAGGAUUUCGGCUGCGAGUUUGAUGAUUCCGUCUUUGAAUCGUAUCGGGAAAGGAAGAUGGUGUCCAGGAUAAAGCUCGGAACAUACAAAGCCAAACUCUGCGAGCCUCGGUGGUUCUGGGGUGAAAUCUGCAUAGCUGAUGAUGUGGAGAAGCUGACUGCACUGAAGUUUCGUGGAGAUCUGGCGUUCAAGCAUCAGGAUUAUCAGAAAGCAUUGUGUGAAUACUCCAGUAGCCUGGCACUUGUUCCAGAAUCAAAUAUUGCUCUCAGAAGAGAUCUACAGGAGGCUCAAGCUCGAUGCCUUUGCUUUCUUGGCAGAUCUGAUGAUGCCUUGGAUAUAGCACAAACAUUGAGAUCUGAGAUAACCAACACAGACCAUCUCACUACAGUUCUUAACCUGGAUAUUCUCAUCUAUCAUAAUGCUGGAAACCUGUCUGAAGAGCUCAGCUGUUUACAACAGUUAAUUUCCAUGCACACACUCAAUCCGUGGUACUGGAAGAAGCUAGCUGAGUGUUACCUUGGGCAUGCUCAAGUCUUACUGUCUGCGACAAUGUCAGUUGUCCCAUUGUGUAAGGAAGGAUAUUGCCUUAAAAUAUUAGAAAAGUCAACUAUAGAAACAGCAACAUCUAAAACCAAAGAUGACUGUGCACAAGCUGAACCAUUAAGCAAAAAUCCUUGUGUGCAAGUGAAUUGUGAAAGGCGAAUAAACCUCAUGAGGAAUGCAUUCAAGGCGGAAAACUCUGGCCUAACGUCUGCAAGAAAUUUAAAGCAGUCAUGUGGAGGAGGCAAUGUAGUAUCUGCUUAUUCAGUUGUUGGUGAUAGCACUGAAGUCGAUUCCAAAAGAGGGCAGCACUUGAAGGAUCUGUGGCUGUUCGCAUGUUCCUCCUUUGUAAGAGCGAGACUUCUGUUGCAGAUGGUGAAGGCACAACAGGCCUCCUUCGUCUUAGAGAGGAACCUAACUGUCCAACAGGAGAUCAAGCAGGAACUUGGCAAUCUGGAGUUGAGUGAAGAGGCGCUGAAUGCAAUAAGUAAGGUGAUGGCGGAGGACCUGCUGCUGGACAGGUUUAAAAAUGGCGCAGAGACUGAAAAGCCUGCAACACUUUCCAGUUCAUCCUCACUGAACUGUGUUGCCAUCGAGUCAGGCUCCGAUUUUGAGCAGAGGUGGUUUAAAAAGCUCCGAUAUGAAUCCUUCUGCUGUCCCAUGUGGAAGUAAAACAGGCUGAGAAGGUUAAAAAUGUCACUGAAUUACAUUGAUCUCUGCCAAGGAUUGUGAAAGUGACCUUGUGUUUAUAGUGGAUGAUGAAGAAACUCAAGCAGAGGCCACUUGGCUGAAAGAAAACAACACCUGCUUGCAACAGAAUGGUGAAAAUGCUAAUCGUACAUUCGCCAAAACUUGACAAGCCAUCUUACCUCUGCAGACUUUAGGAGUGAGUUCCAUAUCCCAUGUCGCUUGUAUCUCGCUGGUUUCCCAUACCUCUGUUUUUCCACAUUGGAAUCCAGUCUCUGAAAUUACCUGACAGCUAUGAUGUGAUUUUUGCAGCUGUAGAAGUUCUGAUAUAAGCACAAUGGCUUCACAAUAAUGUGCAGAGAAAUGUUCAUAUC